GCCUCAAAAUCCCCCUCCUUCUUGCCUCCCUCCUCAGCAUCAAGUGCUUUCAACUUUCUCUGCAGCCACUUAGAAUGAGCAAUGAGGAGAGAGGAGCCUGUUGAUGCCUGGACGUCUGGGAUGAAGUAACAAACGUUUGUUUUUUUAAAAGGACAUCCUUUGUGCAUCUUUUAGGAAAAACUAACAAGAUAUUGUGGAUUUGUCAUAUCCAUCAAUCGGAUGCAAGCAGAGCCAGGCCCAAUUCACAAUGGGCCCUCUACACCUAUGUGUGCUGCUCCCAAUGACGGUGUCGGUUAUGGCGGCUGUUGCUGCCGAGCUGACUGCAACGGUUGACGACGAGUACACUUGGCCUCAGUGGAAUUUGCCCCUGGUAAGGAAGAGGCGCACUCUGCCUCUGACCAGUCCCAACUUCUCAGCUCAUCCUAAAGUAGAGGUGAGCGGAACGUGCGGGAUCGAGUGUCAACGUGCUCUCCCCUCGCCGUCCCUGAACGACCUGGAGCAGCUCCUAUCCUACGAGACGGUUUAUGAGAAUGGCUCGCGCACGUAUACCUCAGUGUCUGUGCAAGGUCUCAACGAGGUGACUGCCUGGUCCAGAAACGACUCCUCUAGGUCCCGUCACAAAAGAGAGGUGUACGGUACGGACACCCGCUUCACUAUUUCCGAUAAGCAGUUCUCCACUAAGUAUCCCUUCUCCACUACUGUCAAGAUCUCCACGGGAUGCUCCGGAGUUCUGGUGUCACCCAAACACGUGUUGACGGCGGCCCACUGCAUCCAUGAUGGAAAGGAUUAUUUGGACGGCGUUCAGAAGCUUCGCGUCGGUAUUCUUAAGGAGAAAUCCAGAAGGGGGAAAGGAGGGAAAGGGAAAGGAGGGCGAGGCAAAGGCAAAAAGAGAAAGGGAGAUGGCGCCAAAGAAGAAGUAAAGCAAGUGGAAGAGAAGGCAGGGGGCCGUAAAGGAAAGGAAGCAAAGGGGAGAAAGAACCGGAGUCGCCGCAGCGCCACACAAGUGGAGAAACCCUCAUUCAGGUGGACCCGGGUCAAGAAAACUCAAGUGCCGAAGGGUUGGUUCAAAGGUGUGUCUGAUGGACUGACUGCCGAUUAUGACUAUGCGGUUCUGGAGCUGAAGCGAGCGCCCAAAGUGAAGCACAUGGAUCUGGGUGUCAUCCCCUCAGUCAAGAAGCUUCCCGCAGGAAGAAUCCACUUCUCCGGUUUUGAUGAUGACCGGCCGGGGAACUUGGUCUACAGGUUCUGCUCAGUGUCUGAGGAGUCCAAUGAUUUGUUGUACCAGUACUGCGAUGCCAAGCCAGGCUCCAGUGGUUCAGGGGUCUACAUCCGUCUCAAAGAGCCUGGCAAGAAGAAGUGGAAGAGAAAGAUCAUCGGGGUUUUCUCUGGUCAUCAGUGGGUGGAUGUUAACGGCAAUGGGCUGCAGCAGGAUUACAACGUUGCAGUGAGGAUCACGCCUCUCAAAUACGCCCAAAUCUGCUACUGGGUCCACGGGGACUCGAGUGAGUGCCAGGUGUCCUGAGACAACACAGAGUCCGACGGGAUACCGGCCAGAUCCACUUCCUUAAAAGCAAAGGUCACCCAGUCUCCUCCUCCCCCCCGCCCGCCCCAUCACCAACAUGAAGCCUGUCUCGCUUCCUGCCUGUGCCUCCCACCACACUCAUCUCCAAACACACACCACACAGCCGUACAGACUCAGUGUUGACAACAACAGGAACUCCGUAACACAUCAUGAGAACUGUGGCUUUUCUAAUUUAUUUGAAAAAAAAACUGAGAAAAACAUAUAUAUUUGAAUUGUUUACAGAUCACUCUGAUCUGCAGUUGUGCUUUAGAUUUUUGUCCACGUUUCACUUUGUCGGAUAUAUUUUCAAAAAGUGCAUCGACUUGUCUAAAUGUCUUUGAGAGAGACUUGCCAUCUUGCGAGUUCUCACUGUAGUGAUGGUGAUUGGCUUUGACAAGACCCAGGACAGAAAUUUAUGUCAACUAUAUUCCACAAACAGACAGCAUAGAAAUAAUGAAGAAAUGAAUGAAUAACUUUUAACGAGCUGGUGUUUUGCAAUGUGUAUAUCGAAACGUUUUUGUAUGUCUAUCGCAUUCUUUCACUUUCUGUCCCAAAAGAGCUGGUUCUGAUGGACCUUAAAUUAAAAUUGACACGCCAGCUUUUCUUGAUAGCAGUGAAAUGUUAUUUUUAUUGGUGCGCACAUAAUUGUACUGGUGCUUAUCCAGAACACAUGGUGCUAAUUUAUCGAACUAUAAGCUUUUUUUUUUUUUCCCAGGGAAAGGGGAGCCGACUACUGUAACUAUGAUUUUGAGGCUGUUGUGCUCAGAUUGGACUGAACCUUUCAAUAAUUUACUUGAUAAUUUAAUUGAUAUCUUAUGCAAAGGGUUUAAUUUGACCACAGACGUUAGAAUAUUGUUUUAUACUGGAACAGCACAUUGUAAUAUGAAAUGAAAUGUUUUUUAAAUGUUGCUGAUGUUCCCAUUUUUUUCUGUAAAAACUAAUAAACACCAAAUUUCUGAUACUAA